AUGCCCCGUGGCGCCCGCUGUGGGCAGUGCUGCUGUGCACGUGGCUGCACACCCGCCUUCCUGCGGGGUGUCUGCCCAGCAGCGAGUGAGGCCCUCACAGGACGAGGACUGCCAUCCACCAUGGUGAAGCUGAACUGCAGCUUCUCGGGGAAGACAGGCUCCGGGGACGGGGCUACCAUGGACAGCGUCCCUCUGAUCAGCCCCCUGGAUGUCAGCCAGCUACAGCCUGCGUUCUCAGACCAGGUUGUCAUUAAGACACAGACGGAAUACCAGCUGUCCUCCGGGGACCAGCCAACAAAGUUCUCCGACCUGGAGGCCCAGAAGCUGGGCGGCGGCCACCCGGAGGAUGCACGUGGCAGGAUGCCCACAGGGCGGAUGAUCGCCUUCACCAUGGCGCUCAUGGGCUGCCUCCUGAUCAUGUACAAGGCCAUUUGGUAUGACCAGUUCAGCUGCCCCGACGGCUUCCUGCUUCGGCACAAGAUCUGCACCCCGCUGACCCUGGAGAUGUACUACACCGAGCUGGACCCCGAGCACCACCGCAGCCUUCUGGCGGCCAUCGGGGCCUACCCAGUGGGCCGCAAGCACGGCACGGAGACCCCGUGGUUGUCCGCGAGCUACCACGCCUUCAAGGAGGCGCCCAAGGCGCACAAGGCGCCUGCCCGCGCGGCCAUGGCGGCGGUCACCGAGCCCUCGAGGAAGCCCUCGGGGAAGCCCUCGGGGAAGCCCUCCGGGGAGGCCUCGGCGCCGGGAGAGAAGGAGGCGGCUCAGAAGGUGGAGGGGAGCGCGCCGCCCCCAGCCCCCCAGUGAUGGCCUCUGGCCUCCGGGUCGCAGCCCUUCCGGCGCCCCAUGCCGGCACCUGUGACCGCCCUCGCCCGACGCUCCCCGCUCUGUGGUCGCCGUGGUCGCGCCCCUGCUCCCAGGCCCCCUCGCUGACGCCCCCCGCCCCGUGAGCCUCUAGCUCUGUCGCUUUUCUCUGAGUAAAGAUUCAC